AUGACCACCGUCUACCCAAGUCCGAAUUCCCUGCCCGAGUUGUCCGGCUCCAAGUCCUCCAAGUCGUCCUCGUUCCAUUCCUCGCAAAUCGAUGGCCCCGAUAGCGUCUUCACCGAUAUUGGGAACUUCGAAGACAUUGGUCUCGAAGAUGACGCGGAAUUGCCCAUUGUCGAUCAGUCGACCCCUUAUGGCGGCCGCGGCCUGACAACCCGGUCGCCCGCCGCCAGAUUGCCAAACGGUCUGCCGUACAAGAGUCCUGCAGCGACGACGCGAGACUUGACGGCGACCCCGAAGCCGCGGAAACGAAGUCCCCUGCCUCCGAUACACAGCCAGUUCAAUGGCUCCGUCCGGACCCCGCAGUCCGCGGGUUCUCUGUCGGCACGGUCAGGCAAUAGAAGAGACUCGGGGAGUACGAAUCACUCCGGUGGCUUGACGCCUUCGCAGCCUCGCCGGGCACGGUCGAUCUCUCCUUUACGGACAAUGUCCAGCCGGUCAGCCUCGACCACCAGUUUGGCCCUUUCGCCGCUCUCUGCGAGAACUCCCGUCCCGAAACAAACGUGGCAACUGAAUCGCAAGUCCUUGAAGGAUCUGGAGGAAGAAUACCACGACUCUGAUGACGAACUCCCCGACGAUGCCAGCCUGUGGAACAUUCCAAUUUCCCCGCGUCCCGUUCAAGAUCGCUCCCAGUCACGAGCCGCAAGCCCGAACGGCCGUAGUCCCGGUCGUCGGCCGCUACCGAUCUCGCACUCCACAUCUGACAUGUCGGCGACCCAGGAUCAUUCGUCUCAAUCAGCCUCUCGUGCGGCACGCAUGAAACGAACACAGCGGUCUAGUUCUGCAGGACCUGAACGCGGCCAAAUUUCCCCGCGCAACCCCCGCGCUUAUUCAUACAACAGUUAUCUAUCCGAUCUAUCAGAGGAAGCAAGGAUCAUCACCGAGGCGCUGGAACACCACGCGGAUGAGAGCGAGCGCAAGCAAGAAGAUGCUGUGCAGAUGGGACUGUCGUCGCCAAAGUCCAGUUCUGACUCCCCACGGGGAUCCGAUGCAAUUGAACUACCGCCCUUGCAAAAGUCUAAUAUCAUGAUCGACCCGCUGCCCAUUAGCAAAGAGAAGGAGAAGGUUCUUACGCGGACGCGCCCUAGCUGGCUGCCGCCCAAGGACCAGAAGGAGGAGAAGAAGCAUCUGAGAGAGUACAAGCAGAUGAUGGCGCAAUCGAAGGAAGCUGAGAAGCGAAGAGCGGCCCGAGCUGCUUCGGAACAAUGCGAAAAGGACAACACUCAUGAAGCGCUUCAGAACAUUUGGGAUGACUAUGUGAACCCCAACUGGGAAAGUGCGCUACGCGAGCCUCGCAUUCGAGAACUCUGGUGGCGUGGAAUUCCGCCCCGUAGUCGAGGAACCAUGUGGAAACGUGCGAUUGGGAAUGAGCUUUCGCUCACUGAGGAGACGUUCACCAAAGCGCUGCAAAGAGCGCAGGACUUGCGGUCCAAGAAAAAUGCCGAGCCGGGAGAGAACAAUAAGCGUAUGCUUGAAUGCUUGGAGGCAAUCGACGCAGACGUCUGCAAAGCAUUCCCUGAUUUGAACCUGUUCCAGGAGGGUGGGCCAUUGCGGAAUACGCUUAUAGACCUCUUGCAAGCAUACUGCAUGUACCGCAGCGAUGUGGGCUACAUUCAUGGUUUGCAUACUAUUGCCGCACUCCUCGUUCUACAGUUUCCCACCCCUAGCUCCGCUUUCCUCGCCAUGGCCAAUGCCCUCAAUCGCCCUCUCCCAGUUGCCUUCCUGACCUGGGACCGCGGCGCCAUGGCCCAUACUUAUUCACUCGCUUCUGAAACACUACGCUACAAGUUCCCUCGCCUGUCGACUCAUCUCCAGGAGACCCUCAAGCUUUCCGAGGAGGAAACCUGGGAGCCCAUAUUCCGCUCUCUCCUCACCAACGGCCUCGAUCUUGAGCGCCUCUCUCGUGUGUGGGACUGUUGGGUCUUUGAAGGCGACCGGAUUAUGAUUCGCUCCGCCGUCGCAAUCCUCGGCUGUCUCCAGGCACAAAUCAUGUCCUUCAACCAACCAGAUGACCAAUCUCGCCUGGCUGUGCGCAACAUUCUGGGUUGGGGCCUUCGCCAUCCUGGCGCCAGCGCCCAGAAGCCAAAGGACCGGCACAGCGCGCCCGCAGCAGCCGGGUUUGGUGGCCAAGUCACCAAUCCCGGUGUGGCUGAUUAUUGGAUCUUGACCGCUGCUGGCAACGAGGACGGGUUCAUGACUGCUGUGCGGGAGGCUGGCAAGGUGCGGCAACAGCAAUAG